CUUAUUAUGAGUAGCUGUGCUUAAAUUGCCUUCUGCCUUAUAUGUCAUGGGUAAUAACCUCUACACCCAAAAAUCUGGGAAUCUGCACCUUACUGGUCCUACUAUGUGAUACUUGCAGCAGAGAUGCCAGACUCACCUAUUAUAAAUUUGAUGCUGAAUCAGUGAAAAAUGGAACUGAGUUGGAUAAGAAGCAUGAAUUUUACUGAGGACCAAUGUUCAGUGACUGCAGGAGAUAUUACCAAGACUAUAAUGGUGACACCAUGCUGAUUAUCUCUAAUCACCUCCAUCUUCUAUAUGAUCCAACAUAACUUCUAGGAGGAUCUGUUGCAUGACUUUACCAAGCAUGGAGGCAUGAAUGGAUCAGCCAUUGAAAACUUCUCCUGUGUGAUUUAUAACAUUUCCCUCAUGAGCUGCACUUGGCAGGCAGGCAAGGAUGCUCCAGGAGAUACCCAGUAUUUUCUCUACUGGCAGAACUCCAGAUAUGAUGAUUCGAUGGAAUGUGAGCUUUACAUUAAGGAUGAAAAUGGCAGAAAUACAGGAUGUAGAUUCCAAAAUGUGAGGAUAGAGACUGAAAAAGCUUACUUCCUGGUGAACGGCUCUAGCAAAGACUCCCUGAUCCAGUUCUAUGAUGAGUACAUUCAACUGUAUAAAAUAGAAAAGCUCAUGCCUCCAGCAAAUAUCACUGUCAACUGUGCUGAAAUCAAAAACAAUUGCAUUAUUCAAUGGCAACGACCCCAAAUAAGUCAUUCUAACAAAGACAAGUGUUUUAAAUAUGAAAUUGACAUAAAGUAUAAGGAUAAUCCUGAGGGAAAAACCAUCUAUACUUCUAUACAAGAAGGGGGAAAUAAUCACACGUUUCAAAGAUACAACACAAGAAAGAAGUGUCUCUUGCAAAUGAGGGCAGCUGGCAGUGUCUGCUUUGUGAGCCCAGCCUGGGGGGAGUGGAGUGCACCUGUAGAGUUUGGAAAUGAAGAAAUUAUUUCUUUUUCAGUAUGGAUCUUACUUGUGGUAGCAGUUGGGACAAUUUUAGUGGCAAUUGUCACAAUUUUAUUCUGCAAAAGGACCGGCUCCUGGAAAGCAGCAUUUCCACAAGUCCCAGAGCCAAAAAAUGCAUUUUGUGGACUGCCUGAUAAUACAGAGCUGAUGGAGAGCAAAAUUCAGGCAAUAACAUCUGAUAAGGAAGAGAUAACAUUAGUUGUUGACAUACUGAAAUAACAAAAAUCCCUGAGAAAUUUGAAAAUGUAUUUCUUAGCUCAGACAAGUGUAUAUUCCUGUGGAAAGUCUGGAAUAAUGUACAGGUUUCCUUCAGUUUCUUCCUUUUCUUGGCAAAACCAGUAGUGAAGCCAAAAGAGAAUGAUACCUCACAUGUAAUUUUUUUAAAUGCUAUUGUAUUUACUUUUAGCUAAGUUUGACUGUUUGGGUGACUUCUCAUUUUUGUGAAUAUGACUGAAAUAUUUCAGUCAAGAAAUUUUAGUUACAUUUUAUUUUGUUUAAAGAAAAAUAAUGAGUUUGUUUUAUAUUAAAAAGAUUAAGAAUGAAUUUAUUGAGAUAAAUUUUUUUUAUAAAAUUUCUGGUGCCUGAAUGCCAUUGUUCUGCUGUCAAGAAUGGGCCUAUUCAUAUUUGAAGUUUUCUUGUAUCUCUUAUUAAAGCUACUAGAAAAUUGAGAAUGGGAUUGAAAACAAGCUGCCAGAAAGUGGUGGCCUCUAAUCAACAGGAAUCUCAAAGGACAGGAAUAGUCUAAAACCCUAACUGAUGCUAGAGCUUACAUGUGUUGCAGAGAUCAUCCACCAUUUACUUGACAUCAGCUCAGAAUUUACUUCUAUAGGUAUCCAGCUUGUUAUGUUCUUACUGCUCACUUGCUUUUUUACUACUUUAAUUUAGUAUUGUAAAAUAUUGAGUGCAUGA